ACUCGUCAAAAUCCUGCAUUUUAGCUGUCUCUCUGUCACCUUCAAGCACAAAUAAACCCUACUCUUUCUCUCCUCUCUUCUUUCUCGCUCUCUCUCUCUCUCUCUCUCUGUCUCAAGCUUCACACUCGUCUCUCUCCCUUGACAAAAUCUUAACAGAAAGCAAUGGAAGCACCGAAAUACUUACACGGAGGCUACUGUCGUGCAGGAAAUUCCCAAUUCACGACGGAAAUACGUCAUAAUGAUCCCAAAUCCGGCGACCAUUUCUUCAUUGACGAUCUCCUUGACUUCUCCAAUGAAGAAGCCAUACUCAACGAUGGCACCUUCAACUCCGUCACCGUUACCGGCAAUUCAACCGACUCUUCCACUGUUACUGCUGUCGAUAGUUGUAACUCUUCCUUCUCUGGCGGUGACCUACAUUACUCAGGUGACCUUGGUUGCCGCAAUUUGGCAGACGCUCAGUUCUCCGGCGAUCUCUGUGUUCCGUACGACGACUUAGCCGAGCUGGAAUGGUUAUCGAAUUUCGUGGAGGAAUCGUUCUCGAGUGAGGAUUUGCAGAAACUGCAACUCAUAUCGGGGAUGAAGGCUCGUACCGAUGAGACCUCCGAAACACGCGAUUUCCAACCCGAGAACAACAGCAACAACAACAACCCGAUAUUUCGGCCUGAGAUGUCAGUUCCAGGGAAAGCGAGAAGCAAACGCUCCCGAGCUGCUCCCAUCAACUGGUCUUCACGAUUGCUGGUGCUGUCCCCGACGACGUCAUCUUCAGAAUCCGAUGUGGCAUCGAGCUCCGGCAAGAAAAUAACGAAGGGGACGGCGAAGAAGAAAGAGGUUUCAGACAUUGCAGGGGUAAACGGUGAAGGAAGAAAAUGUCUGCAUUGCGCAACAGACAAAACACCUCAGUGGCGAACAGGGCCUAUGGGGCCUAAAACACUCUGUAACGCUUGUGGAGUUCGGUACAAGUCUGGCAGGCUUGUGCCGGAGUACCGGCCUGCUGCAAGCCCAACUUUUAUGCUCACCAAACACUCCAACUCUCACCGAAAGGUUCUGGAGCUUCGACGUCAGAAGGAGAUGCAUCAGCAUCAGAACCACCACCAGCAGCAUCAUCAUCAGCAACAGUUCCUGCAUCCAAACACGGUUUUUGACGUGUCGAGCUGUGACGAUUAUUUGAUUCAUCACCACCCAGGCCCUGAUUUCAGACAGCUUAUCUGAUGACAAAUUAGAUUAAUGAGGUCAGAGUUAGCAAAUUUGAGUGAAAUUGAAAUCUUAAGGUCUUAGUGAACGAACGGAGUUUUUUUUUAAGAAAGGGUUCCGUAAUUUUCCUAAUCUUAUCCAUGUAAGAGUUCUCAUUUUGUCCCCUAA